AUGAAACGCUCUGUGAGGCGACGUCGAAAGUCUUCCCAUCGGGAGUGUUUCAAAGUUCUAGACGAUUAUGAAGAGCAGGUUGAAAGAAUUAUCGCCGAGAGAGAAGAUGGCAGAACUGCUACUUCCCAGCUCAUUCAAGAGCUCCACACUGAGAAGGCUCGAGAGAUAUCCAACGUACACAAAGUCAUUGCCGAAAAGGACACUGCAGUCGCUGAAGUUGAGCGGCUUAAGAAGGAGACUUCGCAGCUGCGGCAGCAGCUGGAGUCUACAAACACCACGUUGCAGGACCAGGUGGCAUGGGACGAUAUACAGCCAGUCUUGCAUCAGACACACGGAGAACUGAUCUCCGCUGCGACUCGCUUUGGGAAUUUGAUCGAUAGUCUUCAGAACAAACGAUUGGCAUCCUUCUUGCCUAGCACCGAGGUGUUCCAUGGCAAUUGGGCUACCACCGCUGAUCCUUCGGAACCCACCGACCCUAACGCGCUUCCCGGGUUUUCCGGAUCAAGCAACCCGCCGCCGUUUGACCCACAAGCUCUUACCUCGGCCAAUGAGUAUGGGCCAUUUGCUUGA